AUGUCGUUUAAUGAACGAAUUCAGAAAAAGAAGAAGAGUGCAACAUAUAAAUUUACUAUAUGUUGUUCGCAGGGGAAAGUGAAGCUACCCUUACUUAACCAACCUCCUCCAUUUUUGAUAUAUUUCUUCUCAAGUGAUGAUGAAAUUUGUCGCCAUUUUCGUGAAAAUAUCAGAGCUUACAACAUGAUGUUUUCUUUUAAAUCUAUUGGUGGAAAGAUAAAUUACGAUAUAAACAAGGGUCGUGGUCCACCCGUAUUCCAACUACAUGGUGAAAAUUAUCACUUAAUUGGUUCUUUGAAUCUUAAGAGGAAAGAGAAACCAAAGUUCUGUCAGUUGUAUAUCCAUGAUACAGCUAAUGAGAUAACCAACAGAGAGAAAUCAAUCAGCAAGAAUGUCCCUAGCUCGACCAAGUUAAGGCCGGCGUUAAUUGAAUGUCUCAUGAAGAUGUUAAACUUUUGUAAUCCAAUGGUGAAAGCUUUACAUUCCUACAAAGACAGAUACAAUAUUCAACAACCAGAAGACAACGUCAAGUUAGUUCGCAUUGCUAACAGGAAUAAAGAUGCUAGAACACAUAACAUGCCAACUUCCACAGAAGUUGCAGCAUUGAUUCCGGGAGAUUUUCAAGAAGGAAUGGAUUUACGAGAUAUUGUAUUAGAGACUACACACGGAAACCUCAGAAGAAUUAGUGAACUCUAUGUGGGUUAUCUAGCUCUUCAGUAUCCAUUAUUAUUGCCAUAUGGUGAGGAUGGAUUCACCGUUGGCAUUGAAGACGGUUUUGAUGACGGCAACAAAUGGAAACGGAAAACUAUAAGCAUGCGAGAAUUCUAUGCUUAUAGGAUUCAAGAUAGGUUAAUGGAAUCUCAGUCCGUAAUUCGGUCUAAACGACUGUAUCAACAGUUUCUGGUUGGUACUAUGAUAAAGUCUAGCCGACUUCGAUAUUUCAGGAAUAAUCAGAAGAAGCUUCAUUUAGACAAGUAUAUGAAUCUGGUUGAGGCUGAAAAUGAAGGAAACUCUGAUUUAUCCAACAGAGGUAAGAGAAUUUUGAUACCUGCAUCAUUUACCGGUGGUUCACGCUAUAUGAACAAUAACUAUUUGGAUGCAAUGGCAAUCUGUAAGCACUUUGGAUUUCCUGAUCUUUUUAUAACUUUCACCUGCAAUCCAAACUGGCCUGAGAUAAUUAGAUAUACAAAGAAGCGAAAUUUGAAUCCUGAAGAUAGACCAGAUAUCUUCUGUAGGAUAUUCAAAAUUAAGCUAGACAGCCUCAUGAGUGAUCUCACUGAAAAGAACAUUUUCGGAAAAAGUGUUUGUGGUAUGUAUACUAUUGAAUUCCAAAAAAGAGGUCUUCCACAUGCACAUAUCCUACUAUGGAUGGCUGAAAAAAGCAAAUUGUCUAAUGCUGAAUCUAUUGAUAAGGUUAUUUCUGCUAAGAUUCCUGACAAAGAUACUGAUCCUUCUUUGUAUGAAGUAGUGAAGCAAAACAUGAUACAUGGACCUUGCGGAGUGAUUAACAAAAGUAGUCCAUGUAUGAUCAAUGGGAAGUGUUCUAAGCAGUUUCCAAAGAAAUAUUGUGAAAGAACUACCAUUGACAACAGAGGCUUUCCACAUUAUAUGAGAAGGAAGACUGGCGCAUUUGUUGAGAAGAAUGGUCUAAAAAUUGACAACAGUUUUGUUGUGCCUUAUAAUAGAGAGCUAUCAUUGCGAUAUAGAGCUCACAUCAAUGUUGAAUGGUGUACUCAGGCAAGGUCAAUCAAAUACCUUUUCAAAUAUAUCAACAAAGGACCUGAUCGUGUUCUAGCUACUAUUGAAAAUGAUUUAAAUCAAGGCGCAGAUUCUGUAGCAUGCGCCAAUGUAGAUGAAAACGGCGAGGAUACUACUGAUGAAAUUAAGGACUUCUUCGAUUGCAGAUAUGUUUCUGCAUGCGAAGCUACAUGGCAUUUGCUAGCAUUUCUAAUCCAUUUUAGGAUAACUCCAGUGGAGAAACUCUAUUUUCAUCUAGAAAACGAGCAAUCAGUACUUUUUGAUGAUGAUGAUCCAGUUGAAACUGUUCUAAAUCGCAGCCUAAUUAAUCCAUUUGGAGUUUGGGAAGAAACUUGGAAUUUGCUAUCUGAUGAUAUUCUUUACAGAAGAAGAUUAUUUGAAAACAAUCCAGAGGGUGAUUAUAACACAGCUGGUAUCAAUAGGGUAAUAUACGAUGAAAGAAACUAUGAUAGAGAAGAAAUGAAGGCUAUCGUAGAAAGAAUGGUUCCUGGUUUAACUGACGAGCAGAUGAAUGUCUACAAAGAGAUCAUGGAAGCUGUCACAGAAGAUAAAGGAAGAGUAUUUUUCUUAUAUGGGUUUGGUGGUACUGGAAAAACUCAUUUAUGGAAACUACUAUCUGCUGCUGUUCGUGCUAGAGGUGAAAUCAUUUUGAAUGUUGCAAGUAGUGGAAUAACAUCUUUGUUAUUGCCUGGUGGUAGAACCGCACAUUCCCGUUUCGGUAUACCAAUAAAUCCAGAUGAUGACACUACUUGCAAUAUUCAACCUGGAACAGAUUUAGGAAAUUUGGUUGCUGAGUCAUCUCUUAUCAUAUGCGACGAGGCACCUAUGAUGAGUAGAUAUUGUUUUGAAAGUUUGGAUUGUACUAUGCGUGACAUUAUUAAGCGUCAUAAGGAUAAACCAUUUGGAGGAAAAGUUGUUGUGUUUGGUGGUGAUUUUAGACAAAUUUUGCCAGUUAUUAGUGGUGGAGGAAGGGAAGACAUUGUUAUGGCUUCUAUUAAUUCGUCAUAUUUAUGGGAUGAUUGUAAGGUGCUCAAGCUUACAAAAAACAUGAGGCUUUUGGCUAAUCUUGAUGAAAACAUAGCAGAGGAAAUCAAAUCAUUUUCAGAAUGGAUUCUUAAAGUUCGCGAUGGUAAAAUUAAUCUACCAAACACCGGAGAAGUUAUGAUCGACAUUCCUGAUGAGCUUCUAAUAAAAGAAUGUGAUGAUCCCAUUAAAUCUAUUGUCGAGGAAGUUUAUGGUUUAAGUUUUGAAGAGCAAUCCGAUCUUCAAUUUUACCAGGAAAUGGCUAUUUUGUGUCCAACUAAUGACGAUGUUUGCCUCAUCAACGAUUACAUGCUUUCUAUGUUGACAGGUGAGGAGAAGACUUAUCUAAGUUCUGAUUCUAUAGAUCCAUCUGAUACAUCUAACCAGGAUAGCAGAGUAUAUACUCCUGAUUUCUUGAAUAAUAUAAAGUUGUCUGGUCUUCCUAAUCAUUCUUUGAGAUUAAGAGUAGGAACACCAGUUAUGCUAUUAAGGAAUAUAGAUCCAAAGGCUGGUUUGUGCAAUGGGACAAGACUACAAAUCACCCAAUUAGCUGAUCAUAUCAUUGAAGCUAUUGUUUUAACUGGUGACACUCAUGGUCAGAAAGUUUACAUUCCAAGGUUGAAUGUCGCACCUCCUGAAGGAAAAUUUCCAUUCAGAAUGCGAAGAAGACAAUUUCCUUUGGCUGUUGCCUUUACUAUGACCAUAAAUAAAAGUCAGGGUCAGACACUUUCAAGCGUCGGUCUAUAUCUGCCAAAGCCUGUUUUCUCUCAUGGUCAGUUAUAUGUUGCUCUAUCUAGAGUAAAAUCAAAGGAUGGGUUAAAGGUGCUUAUUAUUGACAAAGAUGGUAAACCUCAGAAACAAACAAUGAACGUUGUAUUCAAAGAAGUGUUCCAGAAGAUAUAG